UGAUCAGUGAGGGGAGCGCUGCAGGCAGCAGGCAGGAGUCGGGGAGAGAACAGGGGUCGGGGAGAGAGCAGGGGUCGGGGGGACACCAUGGCGCUGUCACAGCUCCAAUGUCUGGACAAUAACCACGUGAACUGGAGGGCGAGUGAGAGCAAAGCCGAGUUCUUCUACAGCGAGGAGCAGAGACUGGCCCUGGAGGCGCUACUGUCCCAGGGGGUCGACGCUUUCCAUGGGGUCGUCAAGAAGGAGAACAUCAGGGACUUCCUGUCAGAGCUAGAGCUGAGCCGCAUCGCCGGCCGCUUGGAGCCCUUUGACCCCGACUGUGGCCGGUGCCGGGAGGAUGGGGAGCCGGGGAGUGCGGGGGAGGAGGAGGACGAGGGGCUGUCGCUGGAGUACUGGCCCGACAGAUCCGACUGCUCCAUCCCCGAACUGGACCUGGGCUGGCCUGAAACUGUCGCUUACCGGGGGGUGACCCGGGCCAUGGUCUAUAUGCAGCCCCCGGAGGAUGGGCAGCCCCAUAUCAAGGAGGUGGUGAGGAAGAUGAUCAACCAGGCGCAGAAGGUAAUUGCUGUCGUCAUGGACCAAUUUACAGACAUCGAUAUUUUUAAGGACCUGCUGGAUGCCGGCUUCAAAAGGAAGGUCUCCGUGUAUGUCAUUCUGAAUGAAACUGAUGUCCGCUACUUUCUGCAGAUGUGCGAGAAAGCUCAGAUGCACAAAGGGCACCUCAAGAACCUGAGAAUCCGAAGCGUUGGGGGCUCUGAGUUCUACACACGUUCCUCCACCAAAUUCAAGGGGUCUUUGGCGCAGAAGUUCAUGUUUGUGGAUGGAGACAAAUCAGUAUGUGGCUCCUACAGUUUCACCUGGUCAGCUGCAAGAAUAGAUCGGAACUUUAUCACCAUGCUUUCGGGACAAGUCGUAGAAAGCUUUGACCGGCAGUUCCAGGAUCUCUACCUCAUCUCUAAAGGAGUCAGCCUUAAGAACAUUCCUAUGGAAAAUGAACCAGAGCCUGAGCCAGUGGUGCAACCAUCAUCUGUUCCUUCGGCCACCUCAGAAGCAAUUGCUAAAAAGCUCAUUAAUCCUAAAUACGCACUGGUCAGAACCAAAAGUGCCAGUGAUACAGGAGCCGAGCUGAAACAAGAAAAGAAUUCUGCAAAAUGUAAUAAUAUUGUCACUAAACCCAAACAAAAGCCCAUAGAACUGCCACCUCAAGAGCAACAGAAACACCCAGGCCUACAAAACAUGGAGAAAGCAAACAUGUUUGACUACCUGCCCACCUGGGUGGAGCCAGAUCCUGAACCAGGAAGUGAUAUUUUGGGAUACAUUAAUAUUAUUGACCCAAACAUUAAAAAUCCUCAGCUCUCCCAGAUGAAUAGAAUCAAGAUUUGUGAUACGUCACAAGCCACUGCCCAAUUCCUGCUGCAAGACAAGGAGCAGGAGCUAAAGCCAACGGAAUGGCAAGAAGGAUCAGAGACAAACCAGGAGCAAACUAGUUCCAAGGUGGAGACCCAUGAGCCAUAUUCUAAGAAGGAAAAGUCUGGACAUGGCAGUAGUGAAAUGACUACAAUCAAAAGCGAGGAGGUAUCUUCUGAAAGCCAAGGCCGUGUGCAGCAUUCUCUAAGCCAGACCAAGCCUCUUACACAAAGCAGUCAACCGAAAGAGUCUGAAUCGAACCAUAGCACUGACCCUGUGUCAAGGAAUACCAAUGAAGUCAAAAAGUCUCCAAGCCAGAGCAGAGGUUCCAACGCAAGUCAAUCUAGCCAAGGUAAAGCGUCUAUACCAAGCCAGACAAAGUCUUCAUUGUCAAGGAAAACUAGCCAAGAUGGACCAGAUCAAUCUGCAUCAUGUCAAGGCAAGGGUUCCAAUAAACCUGGACAAGAUGAGGGAUCUAAUGUUAGUAACAGCAGUGGAGCUACACUUGUGCAAGGUGAGCAACCUGUGUCAAAUACAGAAGAAGCAUCCAUGGCACCACCAGGUCCUUGUGAGGACUUGGAGAAAGAGCCUGUAAAAGACACUGUAGAUAAACUAGAGGAUACUAGUGUUAAAGAGCCUCCACUAGAGAAUUUUGAGUCCCUGCUGAAAAGUCAGCAUCUUAUAAUUCACAGUAACACAGAGCCAGUAACUCGACCGCCAGUGCCCAAGCCACGGACCCUCCCAGUAGCGGACUUUAUAAACUUGAAGAAUGCACAGAAUGCCAAGAUCGGAACAACAAGCCCAUGCCUAGCUGAUAGCAUCAUGCCUUCAUCCAAUGGAUUGGACACAAAGGGGACAGAAGACACCACUCACAAUGAAAAAGCUGAGGAUGACAGCGAUGAGGGUGUGCAAUAUUUUUCCAGUGGCUCUGGCUCUCUGCCCCCUUCCAGUAAUUCCUCUGUAUCAGAGGACUACUUAGCCACGCCAUUGCAGAAAAGGAACUCUGAGAAUCCUGUUAUCAAUGGGGAAUUCUUUCCCGUGCAGAGGAAGAUGAGUGAAGGCCACAUCAGCAGAGGAAGCUUCCUUAGUCCUCUUCAUUUGCCUCAAACAGUGAUGGACUUGGGGCAGAUGGAGAAUGGAAAAAGGAGGAACCCUGCUCUAGAGCAAGAGCUGAAGACGGCAAUGUCAAAUAGCCACCCGAUGCACGGGAACAAAAUGAUUUAUUCUGUGGAACCUACCCAGGAGAAACCCGUUUAUCCAUUUGGCACUAAUGGCCCAUCCCCAAGCCAUGAAAGGUUGCCGAUCCAUCACCAGGCCAAAAACCCAGCAAGAGCCAGGGGAAGAAAAGAAAGCACAGGGGUUCUCCGAGGGUACCCUCAAAUCAGAAAGCCUGAAGGACUGGCAGUGAGGCAUGGGUUCUGGGGCCCGAAACCUGCUGCCAAUCAAGCCAGUCCUCAAACAUCAAACCCAGUGCCUGCCGAGAACCCAACCACUCCAUUUGGAAUCCCUUUUUCUAAGCUAGCUCAGGCGAAGCAUCUCAAGACCAAAAUCGGAGCUUCUAAUCUGGACUCGAGGAGGAGAGGUCAGGGGCAUCUAGAACACAAGGACCACUGAGUUUAUUUUGGGCACCUUGGUAUCUUCCUAUUACAAAAUGAGCUGAUCUUUCUCAGUCCAUGUCCAGGUUUUUUUUGUUCCGGACCACAAAAAUGCACAGAUGAAUGUAUAUAGUGAAUAAAGUACCCCCUAUUGUAAAAUAUAAGGAUAUUAUAAGUUACCGAGGAGUUUCAUGACCAUAUAAAAACA